UCAUAUAAUCUCUGGAAUGCUGUUCCGUAAAGCGUUGUUUGUAGGUCCAAAUUAGAGGCCUGUAAAAGGUAUUUGCUGUUGUGGGGGGUGAAAGCAGUCGAAAUAAAAAGUUGUGCAACCUUCGGGAAAGCUGAGUGAGUGUUUACUGCCGUUUUCAAAUAAGGAAGCAUUUCGGCAGUAACAAUGAGCUACAGAGAACAGGUGAUGAAAGGUGAUGUUCACAAUAUGAUGAUUGAUCCGACAACCGUCAACUCUAGAAUAUUUAUUGGAAAUAUACCGCCAACUGAUGUCUCAAAGCAAGAUAUAGAAGAAAGGUUUGGGAAGUACGGACCAAUUCUUGGAAUCUCUGUUAACAGGAAGUUUGGCUUUGUGCAAUUUGAAAGAGACAGUAGUGCAGCCGAAGCAAUCAGAAAUGAAAACGGAUCAUUAUUCCGAGGCAGAAAAAUUGAGGUGAAUCCUGCAAGAGUGUAUGGCAAAAGACCACGCCCAAAUGAUGGACCAGGUCCAAGAAGAGCAGAUUCGGCAGAUCGCGCAGACUCUUUCCGGGACCGAUCACCUGUUGAUGACAGGUCUCGCGGUGACAGGCCCGACUGGAGGGACCGGGAGAGAGACAGAGACCGCGAUCGUGAACGUGACCUGGAGAGGGAGCAUGAAAGGUUUGAGAGUUACCCAAAUAAAGGUGGAACAGAUCGUGAUCGCAGUUAUUAUGGUGGGCGAGACACUGGUUUUGGGAAUGAUGGUGUCUUUCCAAACACAGAUAAGUUCAUGCCCGGUCCAACAAGAGACGACAGAAUUGGCAGUUUUGGGAAGGAGCAACCUCCAUUUGGUGGUGCACCUUUCAGACCAGGAAUGGCAGAACCAAGGAACAUUCCACCUAAAGAUGUCCGACCACCAAGUAAUAUUCCGCCAAUGGACCGGACAAAUGAUUGUGAAAUAAUUGUCUGUAACAAGAGUCAGAGGGAAUAUGCCGAAUAUAUUGAACACUGGUUGAAAGGAGUUGGUCUUACUGUUGAUUUAUUAUUCCCAAAUGAGGAAGUGCCCCUAAGUAGGGUACUAGCAAAUAUAGCAAGCCGUGGAACAUUGUAUGCAAUAGUGGUUAUGCCACAGAAUGAAGAGCAUCGCAGUCUCACGUUAAACAUUCUUCAUGGCUUGCCACAAGAACAUCGAAAUAUGCCAUUGGAGGAUGCUAUCCCAAUGAUAGAACAUGACUUCAAGGCACACAUGCGUGGUGAGAAACCAGCUGGUCCACCAGUUCCGGGACCAACUCAAGGACCAACAGCUCCUGUGAGUGCAGGGCCGAGUGUGCCAGCUCCUAUAUCAGUGGUACCUGCAGCUCCAUCUGUUGGCCCUUCGCUGUCUGACAGGCAUCCAGAAGCUAUCCAGGUGUUGUUAAACCUGUUAGCAGACAACAGACAGCUGACUGUGCUUCAGUAUGAUCGCAUCAUUCGUUAUCUUCAGGACAAAAGAGAACUCCAGCUGAAGCUUGAACUUGGUGACGCUAAGGACAUGCCACCAGCUAAAGAGCCACCAGCAAAGCAGCAAGUGGAUUUACAACAUCGUAUUCUGAACAUUUUGAACAAUUCAAACAGUGGCACUCCUGGCCACCCCAGCGGCGCUAUUGGCAAUAUGAGUCACCCCAGCGGCGCUAUUGGCAAUAUGAGUCACCCCAGCGGCGCUAUUGGCAAUUUGAGCCACCCCAGUGCUGGUAUUGGCAGUAUGAGCCACCCCAGUGCUGGUAUUGGCAAUAUGAGCCACCCCAGCAGUGGUAUUGGCAGUAUGAGCCACCCCAGCAGCGGUAUAGGCAGUAUGAGCAGUAUAACUGGUUUGAGUAAUCUCAACAACAUGAGUAACCUGGCCCCUGUUCCUCCGCCCACACCGGUGUCAGCACCAGCACCAUCCAGCUGGUCAAGUGGCUCUCAACCAAGCACUCCUGCACCUCUCCUGAAUGAUCCGGCUGUACAAAAGGCACUUGACAGCUUAAUGCAAGGCAACCUGCUCCACAAAAUUACACCCACCUCUGCUUCUGGCCAAAGUGUCACUGUAUCUACUUCGUCCACUCUCAGUACGCCACCAGCACAACCACUGUUUGGGGCAUUUGCCUCAUCUGGUCGACGAUUCUAGAUUUAUAUGUCAGUUGUAUCCUCUUGUUCCCCGCAUACCUUUGUAGGUAUAAAGUAGAUAGGAAUGACAGUGUAUAUUUUUAUUAUAAUUAUUUUAGAUCAUGGUGUUCAUGGAUUCAGUGUAGGACACUCAUUAUAAGUUAAGUCAUAUUUGCAUCUUUUUAACAAAAUGUUUGAUGGACUAUUGAUGUGGCCAAUAGUAUUUUCCUUUUUUUUAGCUAUGCUGAGAAGAAAAAAAGCCAUUUAGCAGGGAAAGUGCACACAUACGUAAAUAAACAGAGGGAGAGAGUGGAUAGGUGUUUGAUUGAUGCAUGUGGUUUGUGUGUGUUGACUUGCAUACAUAAAUUCUCAUGUAAAAGUGACAUACUGAAAUUCAUAUCUUGAGACAGAACAUGCAAACAUACAGAUAUUUGUAAUCAGUCCAAGUAAUGUUUUUAAUUAAAUUAAUGGUAGUUGUGCUGACCCCAGUACUGUAGAAACUGUUUUGUUUGAAAGGAAAAAAAAAAAAAACAAAACAACAGAAGACUUGUUUUCCUAUGGACAAUUGUUUCUUUUGUGGGUUUUUUU